AGCAACCGCAAUUUAAGGGAGAGGGUGGCAAGACUCUCACGCAUGAACUUCCUCCAGAAGCCCCCAAAAGCUGCAAAGUUUUCAACCACGCUGAGCUAACAAGCAAAGCAAAAGCCCAAAGCAAAAGCAAAAGCAUACGCACGGAUUUCAUUUCAGAGUCCUACUUUUAAGGGAUUGUGAAAAUUAUAUCACGCAGUUUCCAUAUCUGGGUGCCCGCAAAGAUUGGAGCUACAGGGAACGAGUCCAAGCAGGUCUCUUAAUAGUUAAUAGAGAUACAUGGGAACUUUGGCUGCUGCUCCUGUGCUCCCAUCAAAGCUAAAACAGUCUUCACUCUUUCUGUACAGAAAAGGACUCAAGAGGAAGAACUUGGCUAUUGUUCCUGUCGCAAGGUUGUUUGGGCCUUCUAUAUUUGAAUCUUCAAAGCUGAAGGUACUGUUUUUGGGAGUGGAUGAAGAGAAGCAUCCUGGGAAGCUUCAUAGGGCUUAUACCCUUACACAUAGUGAUAUUACUUCUAAGAUCACUCUUGCCAUCUCUCAGAAAAUAAACAACACUCAGUUGCAAGGGUGGUACAACAGAUUACAAAGAGAUGAAGUGGUGGCAGAGUGGAAGAAAGUGCAGGGAAAGAUGUCCCUCCAUGUUCACUGUCAUAUAAGUGGGGGCCAUUUUCUUUUGGAUUUGUUUGCUAGGCUUAGAUACUUCAUCUUCUGCAAAGAACUCCCUGUGGUAUUGAAGGCCUUUGUUCAUGGAGAUGUCAAUUUGUUCAACAACUACCCUGAACUGCAGGAGGCUCUGGUUUGGGUUUACUUCCACUCAAACAUUCCGGAAUUCAACAAGGCGGAAUGCUGGGGCCCAGUCAAGGAGGCUGCAGCGCCAACCAGUGGGGGUGGGGGUGUGGGUGGGGUCCAAGUGGACAAAAUGCCUGAGCCCUGCCAAGAAGACUGCAGCUGUUGCUUCCCACCAUUGAGCUCGAUCCAAUGGCCAGCAAAGCUUCCCCAUGAGAAUGAAGAAAGUUUUGGGGCCCAGCAGCAGCAGCAGAGCUUUCAGCAACAUACUCGAUGACGUGUCUCCUUGCCAUUCAUUAAGCUUUGUUUUAUAGCGUAUUAGCGUAUGAAAAAUGUGUGCUCAUUGUAAAUACAAGCCUUCUCCUUUAGAACCCCAGCAGUUCAUAAUAAUUAAUGUUAUGGUUGGGGUUGGUCCUCGAAGUUUCCUUUUUUGGACGCAACCUUUGUGCUUUGUCGGCAUUGAUAAAAUGCCAUCUGUCCCAUUAAGGGCUGUAAUUGUAUGGUUGUGUUCUUUACACUGUUAGACCUAUAAUUGUAUUAUAAAUCUCUUGCAAUUGAUUGAAGACUGCUACAAUUUCUUGA